AUGAAAAAAGAGAAGGAAAUGGAAGUGGUAAUGGAAGUAGCAGAGAAAGAGAAAGGAGACGAACAUUUAUGUCGUCGUUUCAAAUUUUUAUUUAAAAAACAUAACAUCUGCAAAUUCUGCGGAAUCAGCCUGUUUCUAUUUGAUGUUUGCACAAGACCUGCAGUCGAAAACAACCUCUCCGAAUUCACUGACAAUGGUUUGUAUGAUAAAUACCCUAGUGCCAACACGCCGAAACCUGUUACACGUUUUCCAGAAUCAGUCGUAGAUCCUGUUCUAAAAAGAAACAGUUAUUUUGCACACCCGGAAAAUCUCCUCUUAUCAAUGCUAACAGAUAAUAAAAAACUUAUUCAAGAAAUUGCCGCUAUAGGGCUCGAAAGUCACCUCACCAAGGAAAUUUUUACAAUGGAUCGUCUGCCUUCUUCUCAUAAACGAUUUGCCUCUAAGAUACCUUUUUGUACACCUUGA